AUGAACUCGCCUCCGAACUCAUUCCACCAAGCAUCACCUGAACAUCUUACAACGCAUCCCGCUUCAGCCCUUAGCGACCCAUUAGAUCACCAGAACCCCGGAAAGAGGCGCAAAGUCGACGGUCCUCCUUCGCCGGAAGACUAUGCCCCUGCAGCCAUGUCACCACCCAGCUCAACCGAUACUGCCAUCACCGUCGGAUCUCACAAUGACGAGGGGCGCGAAACCGAGAGUUUGUCCGAGAGCGUGCUAGAACACAUGUAUGAACAUAGACUGCGAUACCAUGCAUACCGCGCUGGAAAAUACGCCUUUCCCAACGAUUUGGUCGAACAGGACCGCGACUUCAUGAAGCAUCUCAUCAGCAACCUUCUUUGCGACAGAUGGUAUCUGUCACCUGUGGACGACGUAUUAGCAAGAGGUGGUGAAGUGCUAGACCUUGGUACCGGUCCUGGUCAUUGGGUUCUUGAAGUCGCGGAGUGGUUCCCUGAUUCAACGUUCCUCGGUAUCGACCUGUCACCUAUUCAGCCCUCGGAGGUGCCUCCCAACGUUCAUUUCAUGGUGGAUGACUUUGAGCACGAGAACGGAUGGGCACUGGACGAAGAGUUUUACGACUUCAUUCACCUCCGUCACACACUUCACUCAGUGCGAGAUCGCAUGGAGCUCAUGAAUCGAGCUUACCGACACCUCAAGCCCGGUGGCUGGUUUGAGAUUCAAGAACUCGAGUUUUCCCCCCUCUGCGACGACGGCACAACACCCGAGGGUGAUGGCUACGGCUUCCGUGUUUUCACUAAUUACUUGGAGGCGGGAAUGAGAGCACUGGGAUCGGAAAUGCACGGUAUCCGAUACGCCGCCGACGAAAUGCGCUUGUCGGGCUUCGAAAGCGUUCACGAGGACAGACGAAAGUGUCCGAUCGGCGACUGGGCCGCUAAGCCCGAAUUACGUGAGGCAGGCGGUUUAAUGCGGAGGACAAUCGAGGACGGCCUGAAAGGUCUGGCGACACGGCCUUUCCGAGCGCUGCAGUGGACGGAGGUGCAGAUCGAAAUUUUCCUCAUGAACGUGAGGCCACACGUUGCCAACAAGGGAUUCCACGCUUACCUCAACCACCGAACUGUAUACGGACGAAAGCCGCUGAACGCACCGAGACGAGCCUGA